AUGGCCGCUCGUCCUCCUCCUGCCCGCCCUCACAUCGGCCUCAACCCUUCUCAUCGCUUUUCUUCAUACGUGACUCCGGACUGGGCUGAAGAUGAUGCCUGGGACAGUGCCUCUGAUUCUGAAUCACCUAAUGCAUCGAGCUGGCACCAGUCUGCUAGCAAGCAGGGAGGAUCCUCGUCCGGCACUGCUCCGAAACCUGUACCCAGACCCAAGCUGAACACAUCGUCCUCGACACUCGCAUUCUCCUAUACCCACGUUAGUCAUCCCAGCCCAAGCUCAUAUCCGAGCAGGCAGGAAGUCCAGCUUCCCAAGAACGGCUGGACUAUUGUCAGAACGUCCACUGAUCAGCGUGCGAGUAUCGAUGGCCGCGAGCCAGAGAGGGCAGUCGGAGGCGCGUAUGACGAUGUCGACGGUGAUAUGGUUGUUGGUGACCUCGAACCUGAAGUCGGACAGCCAGGUGCUGCGCCACACGCUAAACCCAGGCGAGACAAGGGCUCCGUCAGAGAUGAUGUUGAAGAGAUCGUUAACGAUCCACUACACCUCAUUCGCCGUCUCCCACCGUCGAAAGGGCUUUCGACAGAUAACGCCCAAGCUUCCACUGCGCGCACGGCGAAAUUGGAUCGAGAACGAUCUAUACGGACGAAUAGGCGACAGAAAUUCAUUGACUGCGUUGCUUCUGAAGAUGUGAGCAUGGCGCAGCUACGGAAAUUGGCAUGGAACGGCGUGCCCAACGAGUUACGCCCAAUAGCAUGGCCCCUGCUACUUGGAUACCUGCCGUUACCUGCACAUCUCCGAGUCUCUACGCUCGCUCGAAAGCGGCAAGAAUACAUAGACCUCGUAGAGCGGACCUUCGCGCGCAAUCGGGAGGGGCUUGAUCAGCAAAUCUGGCACCAAAUUGAGAUAGAUGUACCGCGCACGAGGCCUGGUGUACGACUCUGGAUGCAAGCAGCGACCCAAAGAAGUUUGGAACGGAUUCUCUACGUAUGGGCUUUGCGACAUCCCGCAAGCGGCUACGUGCAAGGCAUAAACGACCUUGCAACGCCGUUCUUUCAGGUCUUCCUGUCAGCAUAUAUUGAUUCGGACCCGGAGGAGUUUGAUCCAGGCCUGCUGCCACCGAACAUCUUGAAUGCUAUCGAGGCGGACACGUUCUGGUGCCUCUCACGUCUCCUAGAUGGUAUUCAAGACAAUUACAUUGCGUCGCAGCCAGGCAUUCACCGAAGCGUCAAGCGCAUGGCUGAGCUUGUGGCUCGUAUUGAUGCACCACUGGCGGCGCAUCUCGAGGCAGAGAACGUCGAAUUUAUGCAAUUUGCGUUCCGGUGGAUGAAUUGUCUGUUGAUGCGUGAAAUCAGCGUCCAAAAUACCAUUCGCAUGUGGGAUACUUACUUGGCCGAAGGAACAGAUGCAUUUUCUCAGUUUCACCUUUACGUGUGCUCCGCAUUUCUCGUCAAAUGGAGCAAGAAAUUGCGCGAGAUGGAUUUCCAGGGCAUUAUUAUGUUCCUGCAGUCCCUUCCGACGCAAGGGUGGACGGAUCACGAUAUCGAAAUGCUCCUGAGCGAAGCAUUCGUGCACUAUUCGACAUGGCACAACGCGCAAAGUCACUUUGGCAAGUAG